AUGAAUACAUCCACCAUCACCAAUGGUAAUGACCUUUCACAAGAUCAAGGCGAAUUAUGUGCCAAGUCUGUUAAAGACUCGUUGUCACCUGAUCACCACGUUGAGGUGCAGCAAUAUUGA